AUGGCAAAGGGACCGUCGGCCAUGAAGAAAAUGGAGACAGACGAUGCGGUGAAGGGUGAUGGAGAGAUCAUGAAGUGGAAGGAUGCAUUGGAAUCCGUUUCCGACAAGAUGGGUUUGAUCUUCAAGAUGGGUUUGAUCUUCCGAGACAUGAGCUACGAGUCCGAAUUCAUCAAUGAAAUCGUUACGGAGGUCAAGAGAGAGCUGGCUGCAUCGCCUUACGGGGAAAGAAGACGAAAUGGGUUGGUCCGAAUCUCCAGUUGCUGCAUCGUGAGGUCGCAGCCAGGGAACCAUGGAUACUUCAAGGGAAAACGAGGUUUGAGGCAAGGUGAUCUGUUGUCACCUUACUUGUUCAUCCUCUCUAUGAAAGUUUUAACCAAGAUGCUAGAUCGAGGUGCAGCUCUCGGCCACCUUGUACCACAUCCUAAAUGCCAUUCACCAGCCAUUACACAUCUGGCAUUUGCAGAUGAUGUGAUGAUCUUCACUAGUGGGGAACCUCAAUCUCUACAAACAGCUAUCACCAUACUGCAUUCCUUCAGGUUGUUCUCUGGGUUGGCCAUAAAUCGUGACAAAACAGAGCUUUUUUUGACAGGAGUGAAUGCCCAACAAGUUGCCAACUUAUCUUCAUUCCUGGGGAUCAGAUUAGACACUCUGUCAGUCCGUUAUCUCGGUGUUCCUCUGAGUCCGUGCAAGCUUUCGAAACAUGACUACCAGCCACUAAUUGAUAAGAUCAAAGGCAAACUCAGUAAUUGGUCUACAAAAUUCUUAUCGCAAGCCGGAAAAACUCAACUCAUCUCGUCGGUUAUUUAUGGGCUUGUUAACGCGUGGAGCUCUAUAUUCAUGUUGCCUAAACACUUCCUUAAGAAGGUUGACAGUCUUUGUGCGUCAUUCUUGUGGAAAUCAAACAUCACCUCCAAAACCCCUUCACAUAUAUCUUGGGAUAAAAUCUGCCUACCUAGACAAGAGGGUGGAAUUGGGUUACGUAAGCUGGCUAAGUACAAUAAUAUCUUCAGGCUAAGACAAAUUUGGUUACUCUUCAGUAACUCUGGAUCGCUUUGGGUGGCUUGGAUGCGUGCAAAUGUCAUCCGAACCAUCAGUUUCUGGGAUCUGAAACCAACUUCGGCGACCUCAUGGAAUUUCAAGAAAUUGUUGACAGCAAGGGAGGAGGCUCGCUUGUUCCUCAAAUUGCAGGUGAAUAAUGGGGAAAAAACGCAUUUCUGGCUCGACGAUUGGACCAACCUUGUACCGCUGAUCCAACAUGUGGGGGAGAUGGGUCCGAGACUGAUGCGUAUUCCAAGGCAAGCUCGAGUUUGUACGGUUGUAGCGGGAGCUCGGUUGGACAGAAUUCAGCAAGUACAUGAGGCGUUAGCCGACAUUGAACCACCGGAUGAAAAUAGAGGAAAUGACAGAGCACUGUGGAAGCAUGGUAACAACGAUUAUAAAGGAAUCUUCUCAGCUCGGAAAACAUGGCUGCAACUUCGGUCUCCCAAGCCCCUCAACAGUCUGGUUUCGCGAGGCGCUGCCUCGUUAUUCUUUUCUACAAUGGCAGGUAGAUGUUGGGAUAAUCCACCAACGGGGUUGACGGACUGCAUCUCUUGGAUCAUAGCCAACAGCAACACAAAUAUCAGGGAUAAACCGACGAUCGUAAAGCUCCUCCUACAGGCCACGAUAUACGUCAUAUGGCAAGAACGGAACAAUCAGAUUUUCAUACAUGAAGCUCGCUCCUCUGAGAGGAUCCGUUGGAAGCUGGACAAGGCUCUAAGGAAUAUUCUGCUCUCCAUCAUACUGCGGCACCCUAAUACGACAGGUUCAACACAUGGAUUAAACUUGUAUUUUGUUUGUUAUGCGGAAAUUAUGAGCAUUUGA